UCUUUUAAUAGGUAGAGAGAGAGAGAGAGAGAGCACUGGAGGAGGAGGAGAAAUAUUAAUAUCAAUGAUGAUCUUAGCAUGGAGGUCAUCAUCAUCACCCCUAUUUCUGAGGAAGUAUAUCUCAUCUUUCUUCCUAGCUAGAUUGGUUUUCAUGGUACCCUCAUGUUGCCUUUUUAAAUCACAACACUAAGGAAAAACAGCUCCCACUUCCCCUCUGAUUUACCUUCCUCGUCAAUCUGCAUCCACAGAUCACCAUGAUCACCACCACUUUUAUCCAAUACCCACCUACGACCUACCCUUAUAACCUUCCUAUUCCACUUAUCUAGCUUCCGUUAAGUUUUUAACUAGAGGAGGGGUUCUAUUGUGGGAUAUGAUAAUCAACCUCAACCCUGAUAAAACACAGCCCUUACAACAUAAUAAACGCAAAGUGUUAUUGGGCCGGGACACAGAUUAACACAAGAAGUGAAAGCGAAUACUCAGGAUAAUUUCAUCAUAUAUGGCCCGACAAUUGUGUGAAGACAAAUCCAAGGACAUGGCUUCAUCAACUCAUCAUGGGUUGUUCUACUCAGAUGUGUCAUCCCAUAACCAAACUAUUCAAUCCCAUCUGAUGAACCACAUCCAAGGCUUUGUGACCGAGACCGACCCAGAGAUGUUCAACCUCACCACAGGCAUGGAGAUGAUAGGGUUUUCCAAGAACCUUGAGCAAAACAGUGAAAGCAACGGUGUCAUGUGGAAAAGUUUCUUCUGCAAACCAGGUCAACACGCGGGUCCUUCCUCUUCCAAAACGAUGAACGAGUCUUGUAGCAAUUUUUAUAACCACCAGCAUGAUCAUAAGUAUAAUAAGCAAGACUUCACAUCAGGGAUUAAUUCUGAGACAAGUACCGAUAACUUAGUUGUCGGUGGUGCCCAUGAUUCUGCCCCGUGGCAAGAGAACAGGCUAAUGGUUGAUGAUUCUUCUUUAAGGUGCGUGUUCCCUUGUGAAGGUAACGAAAGGCCGAGUCAAGGCCUUUCACUCUCUCUUAGUUCAACCAAUCCUUCAGGUAUUGGCUUGCAAUCUUUUGAGCUAAGACAAACAACAAGCCAUCAUCAUCAUCAGCAGCAUCUUUCUGAUUUUGUUUCAAGAGAGGGUUUUUUUGGAAAGCCAGUCAAUGCUCAACAACAACAAGAAAUGUUGCAAGAUGGGUAUUUGAGUCCUAACAAAGCUGCGAAUAUUUAUCAGCAGGGACAUUUUCUAAUCAAGAACUCCAAGUUCUUGGUGCCUUCACAGGUCCUUCUGAACGAGUUUUGUAGCCUAGGGACAAAGGAAAAUGAUGUGCCAAAGCAAAAGAACAAGCAGUGGGAAGAAGGUAAUAAUAACGGUGGUGGUUCCUCCAAGAACCAUUCUCUUAGCUCUCUAGAGUUUGUGGAAUUGCAGAAGAGAAAGACAAGGCUGCUCGCGAUGCUGGAAGAGGUUGAUAGAAGAUACAAACACUACCGUGACCAAAUGAAGGCAGUGAUGUCCUCCUUUGAAGCAGUGGCGGGUAAUGGUGCAGCCACUGUUUACUCGGCUUUGGCUUUGAAAGCCAUGUCAAGGCAUUUUAGGUGUUUGAAGGAUGGAAUUAUGGAUCAAAUUCGAGCCACAAGAAAAGGCAUGGGAGAGAAAGAACUCGCUGCAGUACCCGGCACAACAAGGGGCGAAACACCUAGGCUUAAAAUCAUUGACCAAUCACUGAGACAACAAAGGGCCUUUCAGCAAAUUAGCAUCAUGGAAACUCAUCCUUGGAGACCCCAACGUGGCCUUCCCGAACGAUCCGUUUCAGUUCUUCGAGCUUGGCUUUUCGAGCACUUUCUGCAUCCGUACCCAAGCGAUGUUGAUAAACAUAUCCUAGCCCGCCAAACCGGUCUCUCCAAAAGUCAGGUUUCGAAUUGGUUUAUUAACGCGAGGGUGAGGCUAUGGAAGCCAAUGGUGGAGGAAAUGUAUUUGGAAGAAGAGAAGGAGCAUCAAAACGACGUAGCAUCGUCGGAGGGAGGAGGCAUCAAUAUUCUCGGGGAUCAGAAGCCAACACAGGCUCGACUCGUUCGAAUUGACUCAGAGUGCAUGUCGUCUAUCGUCAACAACCCAGAUGACAAAAACGACACAAAGAGCGGCAAAACCAUCCAAAACGACAACCAAAUGGACGCAUUCGGGUCGGUGGAGCUUGACUUUUGGUCCUACACGCACCAGUACUCCUCCGGACACAGUGGCGGCGUGUCGUUGACGCUGGGGUUACAGCAGCACGGUGAAAGCGGGGUGAGUUUAGCAUUCCCGCCAGCGGCAACACAGAGCUCCAUGUUUUACCCACGGGAUCAGAUUGAAGAUUGCCAAACAGUUCAGUACUCUCUUGUGGAUGGCAAAGGACAAAACAUGCCUUAUAGGAAUCUCAUGGGGACACACUUGCUUCAUGAUCAUUUGGUAUGAUAAUAUAUAUAGAAUCAAAUAAAAAUAGUCUCAAUUCAAUAUCAUGGAGGACGUGGAUUUAGGUGUCACGUAAGUAAGUACAUACAUUAUGGUAGUCAACUUAAUUAAAGUAGAAAGUUUUGUUUUGUUUUUAAUUAAUCAGCACAUAUAUAUAGUACAUAGUUAUAUAUAUAUAUAUAUAUAUAUAUUAAUGCUUCCAUAUAGAAAUUUUAGCUACACUUAAAUUGGUAGACCUUCUUUUUAUGAAGCUAGCUACAUGAUCUGUUUUGUUUAUGGGGGUUAAGUUUCCAUUUACUGCUGAAACAUCCGCUCAAGUGGAAAAUAAAUAAAUUCUUUUUUUGGGAUAA